CUCCGCCUCUAUCACUAGUCAGCUGCCUCCGGAGUUCACCUCACCCACCCACCUCACCUCUCCUCUCCUGCCCAACUCCCAUCUCAUGGCCCUCGUCCGGCAGCGCCGCCAGCUACCCCACCUCACCCUCCCGCUCGACCACUUCGCCCUGCGCGCCCCGCCGCCGCCGCCGCCCCCCGCCGUCGCGCCGUGCGAGGGCCUCGCCCGCCUCUCCGACUACGAGAGGAUCUCCCAGCUCGGCCAGGGCAACGGCGGCACCGUCUUCAAGGCGCGCCACCGCCGCACCGCGCAGCAGGUCGCGCUCAAGCUCUUCGCGGCCGGGGACGGGGACCCCUCCGCGGCCCGCGAAGCCGAGAUACUCAUGCUGGCCUCGGGCGCGCCGCACGUCGUGCGCCUCCACGCCGUCAUCCCGUCGCCCGCGGCGGAGCAGCCGGCCGCGCUGGCGCUGGAGCUCGUGUCGGGGGGCUCCCUCGCGGGCCUCCUCCGCGCGCUCGGCCGGCCCAUGGGGGAGCGCCCCAUCGCCGCCGUGGCGCGGCAGGCGCUGCUGGGGCUCGCGGCCCUGCACGCGCUCCGCGUCGUGCACCGCGACCUCAAGCCGGCCAACCUGCUCGUCGGCGCGGGCGGCGAGGUGAAGAUCGCCGACUUCGGCGCCGGCAAGGUCCUGCGGCGGCGGCUGGACCCCUGCGCGUCCUACGUCGGCACGGCCGCCUACAUGUCCCCGGAGCGGUUCGACCCGGAGGCCUACUCCGGCGACUACGACCCGUACGCGGCGGACGUGUGGAGCCUCGGGAUGGCGAUCCUGGAGCUGUACCUGGGCCACUUCCCGCUCCUCCCCGCGGGGCAGCGCCCGGACUGGGCCGCGCUCAUGUGCGCCAUCUGCUUCGGCGAGGCGCCCGAGGCCCCCGCCGCGGCGUCGGACGAGUUCCGGGACUUCGUGGCCCGCUGCCUGGAGAAGAAGGCCGGGCGGCGCGCGUCCGUGGCGGAGCUGCUCCAGCACCCGUUCAUCGCGGAGCGCGACGCCGAGGAGGCGCAGCGCUGCCUCGCCGCGCUGGUGGCGGAGGCGGCGGAGCUGGGCGACCAGUAGCGUAGCCAAACUGCCCGCCGGUUAAUUAGUAGGACAGUUUUAGGAGUCCAUCGAAGCUGAUGUGUACAUAAUCUGCGCCACGGGGAGGAAUAAACCUGUCCCAUGUGGCGUUUUCCUUUUCGACUUUUUGCCGUAUCCAAGGAUUCCUUCGUUUUUUCACGUGAAUUGCAAGAGACAGUUUUGAGAA